AUGGCGGACGCCCUGUACAACACCCACGUCAAGCUCCUGGCCUCCGAUUUCCUCGCGCUCACCCCAAAACCCACAGACCCAUCGCCUUCCUUCUCCAUCAACGGCAAAACCCUCUCGCGGGCAGAAACAGUCGGGUACGUCGUGACCCGCGAGCUCAAACCUGACAAAUUCCUCCGGUUCGCUGUGGACGACGGCACCGGCUGCAUCCCCUGCGUCCUCUGGCUCAACCAGCUCACGUCCUCUUACUUCUCCAGGCGCAGCCCGGCAGGUGUUCGAUCUAUUGCCCGAAUGGCCUCGAAAUUCGCCGCCCAAGUUCAGGUGGGUGCUGUGGCCAGGGUACGGGGUAGAAUCACCGGAUUCAAGGGUUUUGUUCAGAUCACUGUUUCAGAUGUGGUCGUCGAGGUAGACCCCAAUGCCCAGGUUCUGCACUGGCUUGACUGUGUUAGGCUCGCCCGAAAAUGUUACGGUAAGGGUUGUGUUAAAGAGGUAUCUGGAAUUAAACUUAUGAAGUUCCUAGGUGAAAGGUUUCAUAAUGCUGGUGUUGUUGAUUUAGUAUUGUUCUAUUUCACUUCAAGUGGCUUGAAUGAGUUCAAGCUUUCUGGGUUUAUCUAAAAUGUGUAAGAAAAAAACAUGCAACUAAUUGUAUUUGAACUUUUUGUUUUUUCUUUAGAAGUGGUGCUAUUAUUAUUAUUAUUAUUAUUUUAUUUUUUUUAUGGUCCCUCAACAAAGAGAUCUAUCAUUAUCAUUACUAACUUCUGAAUGUCUUGAAUAACAGAAUAGAGUUGCUCUAGAAUUCCUUUUUGGUU